UGUUGUUGCUGAGGUAGCGGACUGACGUCAGACACAGGACGCUGAAUACUUUCACUUUCACCAUUUAUUUAUUUAUUUAUUCGUGGUAACAGCAGCAACCAGACUAUAUUUCUCGGUAGAGGACAGAGGAGGUUUGUCGGUGGAGACAAGACGAUCAGACCCAACAUGAGCGACAACGACAAAAGAUACGACCCCAGAGACACCACGUUGAAAUUUGUCAACAGGCCUGAUGACCUGGAUCCACUGCCCCCAGAGGAAGGAGACAUGAAUCUCCGAGCAGAGAUGUCCUGCGGUCACGCUGUCACCCCGGAGUCUCUCACCGGGUGGUGUCGCAGCCUUCUGGAUCAGGGCCAGUACAAAUUUAAAUGUCCCGCUUUAAAGGAAGGCACCCUGCAGCAGUGUGGUACUGUGUGGACUUAUCAAGAAGUGCGCCGGCUUGCAGUGCUCACACCUAAAGAAAUGCGUGACUUUGAACAGAAAAUGGCCCGCCUGGCUGCUGCACAGUUCUGUGACUGUAAAUCAUGUCCUGGUUGCAAAACUUACAUAGAGAGAGAGGACCCAGCUAACCUCAGCGUGCAGUGCACGGUGUGCACGGCUGACAAGAAGAAAGUGUACGAGUUCUGUUGGCAGUGUCUGAAGCUGUGGAAAGGUAAAGCUCCACGAUCUGAUCGCUGCGACAAUGAUGGCUGCAUCAACCAAGACCUCGAACUCCUGAGGACCUGCAAGACCACUGCUCUCCCUCAAGUGGAGGGGGUCACCGACUGCCCCUCUAUCCGGGCCUGUCCCACCUGCGGUCAAAAGGUGGAGCAUGACAAGACGGGCUGCAAGAACAUCAUCUGCCCCCGCUGCCAGAUAGAGUUCUGCUUUGUGUGCCUGAAGCUCACUCCUGAGUGCCUGAAGACCAGCUCCUACUUCAUCCCCUGCAGCGAUGGUGUGGCUCCCAGACAAACAUCCAUACCUGUGUGGCACAGAGACUAAAUACAUGCAUGCUUCAGUUUUAGCAUCUCGAGAAACUAAAACUGUUACAAACCAACUUGUUCAUGUUCAUUAAGAGAAUAAAGCUUAACUGCUGUGUUCCUUCACUCUGCUAUUAUACUCCCGUUCAAAUAUACAAGAUUGUUUACUCACACCUGAUGUCUUCUCAGUUAUGGUUAAUAAAAUUUUCUUUCAAACAGAAUGUUUAUUUGAUGUCUAAACACAAUGAAUGCAUAUGUCUCAUUAAGUAAUUAACAUAUUGGACAGGAUUAAAAACAGAGAGGUAAAAUAGCAUGAGACGUCAUUAUAGGACGUUUUCAAACCUGUAAAGCAAAUCAAACCAAAAUCGUUCAGUUUUAUGUACAUGAGCUU